CUGGAGCCCCUUCCUGCACACCCUUUCUAAGUAAUUUCUACCCUUGUGAAUAUUUGCAGAAAGAAGAAUAGAAGUUAUUAGCGUUUGUAGUAACAGGAUGAGAAAGUGCGAGACUUCCUGUUAUGUGUGUGUGACAGCUGGUGAUAAGUGGAGCGCCCUGCACAGGAAAUCCGCUCGGCUUCUGCAAUGUGACCUGCCUGAAAUUUGGGCGCUCCUUCAGUCUGGAUGUUAAUGGCAGGACAGAGGGGUGCCUGGACUAUGGGAGACGUGGUAGAGAAGAGUGUGGAAGGGCCUCUGGCACCUCCCACAGAAGAACCCUCCCAGAAAAGGGGAGACCUGGUAGAAAUCUUAAAUGGGGACAAGGUAAAAUUCGACGACACGGGACUGUCCUUAAUUCUGCAGAAUGGCCUGGAGACCCUCCGUGUGGAAAAUGCUCUGACAGAUGUCAUCUUGUGUGUGGACAUUCAGGAAUUCUCCUGCCACCGCGUGGUGCUUGCUGCGGCCAGCAACUAUUUCAGGGCCAUGUUCUGCAAUGAUUUAAAGGAAAAGUAUGAGAAGAGGAUCGUUAUCAAAGGGGUUGAUGCUGAGACCAUGCACACUCUUCUGGACUACACCUACACCAGCAAGGCACUGAUCACCAAGCAGAAUGUCCAGCGGGUCCUGGAAGCUGCUAACCUAUUCCAGUUCCUGCGGAUGGUGGAUGCCUGCGCCAGCUUCCUCACGGAAGCCUUGAAUCCAGAGAACUGUGUUGGAAUACUGAGGCUGGCAGACACGCACUCCUUGGACAGUCUAAAGAAGCAGGUUCAAAGUUACAUCAUCCAAAACUUUGUGCAGAUUCUGAACGCCGAGGAGUUCCUUGAACUUCCCGUGGACACUCUGUACCACAUCUUGAAGAGUGAUGACCUUUAUGUGACGGAGGAGGCUCAGGUGUUUGAGACUGUGAUGAGCUGGGUGCGGCACAAACAGUCGGAACGCCUCUGCUUGCUCCCCUACAUCCUGGAGAAUGUGCGCUUGCCUCUUCUGGACCCCUGGUACUUUGUGGAGACGGUGGAAGCAGAUCCUAUCAUCAGGCAGUGCCCGGAGGUCUUCCCGCUGCUCCAGGAAGCCAGGAUGUACCACCUUUCUGGCAAUGAGAUCAUUUCCGAGCGCACCAAGCCCAGGAUGCAUGAGUUCCAGUCGGAGGUGUUCAUGAUCAUCGGCGGGUGCACGAAGGAUGAGCGGUUUGUGGCAGAGGUAACCUGCCUGGACCCCCUGAGGCGCAGCCGCCUGGAGGUGGCCAAGCUCCCGAUGACGGAGCAAGAGCUGGAGAGUGAGAAUAAGAAGUGGGUGGAGUUUGCAUGCGUGACAUUAAAAAAUGAGGUCUACAUCUCAGGUGGCAAAGAAACACAGCAUGAUGUUUGGAAGUAUAAUUCUUCAAUCAACAAAUGGAUUCAGAUUGAGUAUUUGAACAUAGGCCGCUGGAGGCAUAAGAUGGUGGUGUUGGGUGGCAAGGUCUACGUGAUCGGAGGUUUCGAUGGCUUGCAGAGGAUCAACAACGUGGAGACCUACGACCCCUUCCACAACUGCUGGUCAGAGGCUGCACCCCUCCUGGUUCACGUCAGUUCCUUCGCAGCCACCAGCCAUAAGAAAAAGCUCUAUGUGAUUGGGGGAGGGCCCAAUGGGAAACUGGCCACGGACAAGACUCAGUGUUAUGACCCUUCAACCAAUAAGUGGAGUUUAAAGGCGUCCAUGCCAGUGGAGGCUAAAUGCAUCAAUGCAGUGAGUUUCCGGGACCGCAUCUAUGUCGUUGGUGGGGCCAUGAGAGCGCUGUACGCCUACAGCCCCCUGGAGGACAGCUGGUGCCUGGUGACCCAGCUCAGCCACGAGAGGGCCAGCUGCGGCAUCGCGCCCUGCAACAACCGGCUCUACAUCACCGGGGGGAGGGACGAGAAGAACGAGGUCAUCGCCACGGUGCUGUGCUGGGACCCGGAGGCCCAGAAACUGACGGAGGAGUGCGUCCUGCCCCGGGGGGUGUCGCACCACGGUAGCGUCACCAUCCGGAAAUCUUACACCCACAUCCGGAGGAUCGUGCCGGGAGCAGUGUCGGUGUGACUGUGGGAGCCGGCAGUGCGGCCCGGGGACCCUCCGCACCCCUCACCCCUGUCCUGCCCGCUGCGAACAGCAGGCGGGGCUUGGGCUUUAGGCCAAACAGCAGAGAAUCCCUUUGGCACCUCAUGGGGGGCCCCUCGGAAGUCACAGCUUUGGGACACUUGAGAGCAGCCAGGAAUGUUUGCGUGAUCUACCUCAGGAGAGUAGUAACAUUCGAGACACACCUGUCCCAUGCUGGGUUCUGUGCCGAGUACUUCUGUGCAUCAGUCCACUUACCCCGCAUAACGACCAGCGGCUGGAUGUUGUCAUUCCUGUCUCACAGGGGAGGAAACCGAGUUUCAGAAAGGCCAAGUGAUUCGCCCCAGGUCACUCAGAUCGCAAGUAGCAAAGCCAGGAGUCCAUACCCAGGUAUUUCAACUUCCAAGCUGGUGCCCUUUCUGACAAACUGUCUCUCUCAGAGCACAAAACAAGAAAGAAAAGCACCCCCCCUCCCAAAACUGGCUCUUUGUUUGGUGUUUUGUUUUGACACAUUUGCUAAGGGAUUCACUAAACAAGGCAGGGAAAUAAAAGUGUUUCUCUCUCUUC